AUUCCCGUUUGUCUAACACACGUGCCACACUUAAAAUGGCCGCUUCUGAUGGACGUCUAUAGUUGACUCUGAUAUUGCCUGAUGGUCCUGCGAAUAAUAACAAACAAACGCUACUCCAUUCCACUGCCUUCAUGGAUGAACGUUGUUUGUCUAUUUCCCCGACGUUUUAGACCAAAUCUGGAUGUGAUUUUAAACCUAUUAUACGAUCAGUUGGGCAAAUUCACUUCGAUUUCGAGCACAAGAUUUCAAAAUCAAACUGUUGAAUAUCAAACGCUAGGUUGGGUCGCGAGGUAUUUUCCUCACACGCUUGGCUCUUUUUAUAACGUCUCCAGUGUUUAUUUUAGAGUUCGUUUUUCACUAAAACAGUUUUGGUUUGGCUGAAAAGGCAUUUUUAAACAUUUAUUAAAGGUGGCGCUGUUGAGUCAUGUCUGGAAUCGCUUUGAGUAGACUGUCACAGGAGCGCAAAGCCUGGAGGAAAGAUCAUCCUUUUGGUUUUGUGGCUGUACCAACCAAAAACCCUGAUGGCACCAUGAAUCUCAUGAACUGGGAAUGUGCAAUACCAGGAAAAAAGGGGACUCUUUGGGAGGGAGGCUUGUACAAACUGAGAAUGCUCUUUAAGGAUGAUUACCCAUCUUCACCACCCAAGUGCAAGUUUGAGCCCCCAAUCUUCCAUCCAAAUGUCUAUCCUUCAGGUACAGUGUGUCUGUCCAUACUGGAGGAAGAGAAGGAUUGGAGACCAGCCAUCACCAUCAAACAA